AUGGGCGUCGAAAAGAAGACUUUGAAGGAGGGCAACGGUGUUGACUACCCUAAGAAGGGUGAGCACGUCGCCAUCCACUACACUGGCUGCCUCUAUGACGAGAGCAAGGCCGACAACCACUUCAUGGGCGCCGAGUUCGACAGCUCCCACAAGCCUGGCCGUGGUCCCCUUGCCACUCCCAUCGGUGUCGGUCGUCUCAUCCGCGGCUGGGACGAGGGUGUUCCCCAGAUGAGCCUCGGCGAGAAGGCCAUCCUGACCAUCAGCUCCGAUUUCGGCUACGGUGCGCGUGGCUUCCCCGGUCUGAUCCCCGAGAACUCCCCCCUUGUCUUCGAGGUCGAGCUCCUUAAGAUCGGCACCAAGAGCGCUUAA